UCGCAAACGUCUAGACACUGGAGCGACUGGAGUAGUGCACCCCCUGGGACCCAGCUCUCGGUUCCCACAGUAUUCGAGCAGUGUGCAACAGUUCCUUGAAAGAUUUUUGAAGAAAAACACAAUUUUGCUUUCUUCAUGGUUGGGCUGUGCCACUCAGGCUUUGACCAGGUCCUCGCAGGGCAUUCGGAAAUUGAAAAUGGCCCUUCAGCAAUGCUAGGUCUAUAAUGGGAAGUGUCACAGUUCGAUAUUUCUGUUAUGGAUGCCUUUUUACAUCUGCAGCCUGGACGCUUUUGCUUUUUAUUUAUUUCAACUUCAGUGAAGUGACUCAGCCACUUAAGAAUGUGCCCAUCAAGGGGUCUGGGCCCCACGGACCAUUCCCCAAAAAAUUUUAUCCCCGUUUCACUAGAGGCCCAAGUCAAGUAUUAGAAUCACAAUUCAAAGCAAACAAAAUUGAUGAUGUGAUAGAUAAUCACGUUGAAGAUCCAAAAAGAGGCAAUGUGAAAUUCUCUUCUGAAUUGGGUAUGAUUUUUAAUGAACGUGAUCAGGAGUUGAGAGACUUGGGGUAUCAGAAACAUGCCUUCAAUAUGCUUAUUAGUAACCGCUUGGGCUACCACAGAGAUGUGCCAGAUACGAGGAAUGUGGCUGAUUUGAAAGGAGAACUAGAUGAAUACAUCCAAAAAUACCUCCCUGGAAAAAUCAAAGUGAUAAGAAAUCCAAAGCGCGAGGGCUUGAUUCGAGGAAGAAUGAUUGGAGCGGCCCACUCCACAGGAGAAGUCCUGGUGUUCCUGGACAGCCACUGCGAGGUGAAUGUGCUGUGGCUGCAGCCCUUGCUGGCCGCCAUCCAGGAGGACCGGCGGACGGUGGUGUGCCCGGUGAUCGACAUCAUCAGCGCCGACACCCUGGCCUACAGCUCGUCCCCGGUGGUGCGGGGGGGCUUCAACUGGGGGCUGCACUUCAAGUGGGACCUCGUCACGCUCUCCGAGCUCGGGGGACCGGAGGGAGCGACUGCACCAAUAAAGUCACCUACAGUGGCUGGAGGAUUGUUUGCCAUGAACAGAAACUAUUUCAAUGAACUUGGACAGUAUGACAGUGGCAUGGAUAUCUGGGGAGGAGAAAAUUUAGAAAUAUCUUUUCGGAUCUGGAUGUGUGGAGGUAAGCUGUUCAUCAUCCCUUGCUCUAGAGUUGGACACAUUUUCCGGAAAAGGCGGCCGUAUGGGUCCCCCGAGGGCCAGGACACUAUGAUGCACAACUCCCUGCGGCUGGCACAUGUGUGGCUGGACGAAUACAAGGAGCAGUAUUUUUCUUUAAGACGUGAUCUGAGAACCAGAAAUUAUGGAAACAUCAGUGAGCGUGUUGAAUUGAGAAAGAAGUUGGAUUGUAAAUCAUUUAAAUGGUAUUUGGAUAACAUUUACCCGGAGAUGCAGAUAUCUGGGCCCAAUGUCAAACCCCAGCAACCCAUUUUUAUCAACAGAGGGCCAAAGUGCCCCAAAGUCCUUCAGCGCGGAAGGCUCUAUCACCUUCAGACCAACAAGUGUUUGGUGGCCCAGGGCCGCUGGAGUGAGAAGAGAGGCCUCGUAGUGCUGAGGGCAUGUGACUACAGUGACCCAAACCAGGUUUGGAUUUACAAUGAAGAACAUGAGCUGGUCUUAAAUAAUCUCCUUUGCCUGGAUAUGUCAGAAACUCGCUCAUCUGACCCCCCGAGACUCAUGAAGUGCCAUGGGUCCGGAGGAUCCCAGCAGUGGACCUUUGGGAGGAAUAACCGGCUGUACCAGGUAUCAGCAGGCCAGUGCCUCAGAGCAGUUGAUCCACUGAGUCGCAAAGGCUCUGUUGCCAUGGCGAUCUGUGACGGCUCCUCCUCACAGCAGUGGCAUUUGGAAUCUUAAGGUGGACACUGUGGUCGGAACGGUGACUGUCAUGCUCAUCCCCACCACAGAGCCUGAAGAAGUGCUUCCCCAGGAAGUUGAAGUCAUUUCUGGACUGCUGUUAAGGAUUUCUUCCUUAUGGUAGGAAACCAGAGUGCAGUGUUAACUCUAGAUCUAGAGUCAGGUUUGUGUAGAAGGAUAAAGUCCAGGAGAUUGAUGUGUCUGUUCAGGUUUAUUUGAUCAGGAAUUUGUGAUUUCCCUUCUUAGAUUUCAUAGGUGAUGGUUAAUUUUUAAAUUUCUACUACCAUGUUCUGAAUAAUUUUAAAUAUACUGAAUCCACAUUACUUUUAACUUUAGAAGGCAUUCAUUUAUAAGAUUAUAUUUAAGAGUUAUUAUAAAUUAUUUUGGUGAAUAUGGUACUACCCAGAUUUACAUUAAAGGAUCCUUUUGAUUGUU